GGAGCCGGCGCGGCCGCGCGAGUUCCGGGUGCGAAGCGGCGCAGACCAUCAUUUUGGAGGAUUCCAACACUGAGAUUUCUGAAGCCUGCUGUGUCUAGCCAUAAUGAGUUCGUCACUGGUUGCUUAUGAUGAUUCAGAUUCUGAGGCAGAAACUGAAGAGACUGAAGUCCCCAGUACUUCUAGAAGACAAACAAGCCUUCCAAAUUCUUCUGUGAAUCGUGUUCAGUACUUUGCACCUGGUAGUUUGGGUACAAAAUCUACAUAUGAAAUGCAGCCUACUGAGAACACUGACAGUUCUGGCACAAGCACUAUUGGUGAAGAUCCCCCUGAGCACUAUGCACAGAAUAAUAACCCUGAUUUGACAUCUUCUUGUUGCAGGAGAGCAUACUCUGGUUGUACUGCAUUAUGUAUGUCCUACAAAAAAUUUGAACAACCAUCAAGCUCUUCAACAAACUUUGGAAAUGGUGUUUCCCAGAAGAGAAUAUAUACAGAGAGUACUAUUGCCAUAAAGGGAAUUAGACCAUAUAUCCCUAAAAGAUUGCGUCAAGAAAAUUCCAGUAUGCCUGAAAAAAAAGAACCUGAUCAGAGAGAUAGUUUGGAUUGUGACAUUAAGCUAGGCAUGUCAGGAGAGCAGCCUUUGAGAAAGAUCUCUGAAUUAAUUAAGCCAUAUUUGGGAUCCGAAUAUAAAUCGACUGAAGUUCCCAAAAAGUUAGUAUUUUACAUGUCUAAACACAGCGGCCCUGUCAAUGAAAUCCAGUGGUGUCCGGUACCAGAACAAAGUCACAUGCUUCUCUCAGCUUCUAUGGAUAAAACAAUGAAGGUAUGGGAUGCUGUAGAUACAGGCUGCUGUUUAAAAACAUACUGCUGUCACUCCAGUGCUGUUCGAGCUGCCCAGUGGUCAUCUUGUGGAAAAAGGAUCCUCAGUGGGGGCUUUGAUUCCAUGCUGCAUUUAACAGAUGUGGAAACAGGGAAGCAGAUAUUUAGCAUCAAAAAUGAAUUCAGGAUCAGUGCUCUCAAGUUCCACCCUGCGGAGUCAAAUGUAUUCCUAUGUGGAGGGUUCAGCCCAGAAGUUAAAGCCUGGGAUAUAAGGACUUCUAAGGUGUUAAGAGUUUACAAAGCUGCCAUACAACAGACAUUGGAUAUACUCUUUCUCCCUGAAGGAAGAGAAUUUCUUACAAGCACAGAUGCAGUAAGCCGGGACUCAGCUGAUCGUACCAUUAUUGCAUGGGACUUCCAAAGUGCUGCGAAAAUCUCCAAUCAGAUUUUUCAUGAGCGUUACACUUGCCCAAGUCUGACUCUGCAUCCAAAAGAGUCCAAGUUUGUUGCUCAGACAAAUGGGAACUACAUGGCUUUGUUUUCUGCCCAGCGACCUUACCGAAUCAACAAAAAGAAAAGAUACGAAGGACACAAGGUGGAAGGAUUUGCAGUGGGCUGUGAGUUUUCUCCAGAUGGAACACUUCUAGUGACAGGAAGUUCAGAUGGGAAAGUGUUUUUCUACAACUAUCACACUGCUAGGAUUAUUCGCACUUUAUCUGCACAUAAAGAAGCUUGUCUGAGUGCAAUAUUUCACCCAGUUUUACCAUCGCUCCUUGCAACAUGUAAUUGGGCUGGAGAAAUCAAGAUCUGGCAAUAACAUGCAGAGUUACUUUUCAGGAUGUCUCCUGUUAGUUUGUCAAAGGUGAAGGAAAUAAACCAUGCUAUGCAACGUGAAAUUUUUUUGUGAUAUGUUGUAAGCAGGAGAAAGUGUUGUCUUUUGUUCACUGACAUCUACGUGUAUGCUUUCAUAAUGGACUUAAGGUGGUCUUGUACCUAGCUGCUGGGCAAAGAAGUGGUCUUGACUGGUGAGAAUCUUCUGCCACUUUUGUGUCAAUCUUCUAGAUCUCAUCUUGCCCCACCCUGGUUUGAGUAGCUAAACAUGAAGAAGAUUAUUGCUCUCUUUAUGUAGCUUUUCAAUGCAGCUUUAUUAAACCACCUUGUCAUUAGUUUAACUCCCUGACCUGGUAACUGAGGUUACCUGACCUGGUAACAAGCAGUAGUGCAGUUCAAAGCAAAACAGCUUCUACACAGAAGAAGGGUGAAGAUAACAGGGCAGGUGGGACUGCUUCUUUUGGAAAUUGGUAGCUGUUACCAGCUCAGCUUUUUGGAAAAUGACUUCUGAGAGUUCCAGGGAAAGGUGUGCCAGAUAAGUUUGGGCUAAUUUUGAAGUCAAUACAUUUGUGUUCCUGAAAUCCUGAUGUUUAAACCUGAGUAUUAAACUUAAGUUUAUGACUACACAUAAUCAAAGCAAAAUGAUGUGUAAAUAUAUUUUAAAUGAAAAAAAUAAACUUUUUUUUGUACGUGGUAUCUGUAUUUGACCGUUUUACUCCUGUUAUUUUUGGCAAGUUAGUACUCAAGACUAUCAUGGAAUUGAUACUUGUGUAGGUAACAAUAAGUUACCCUAAUUUAUUGCGAACACGUGCAUUUCUUCAUACUUGCUAUCACUUAGACACAGAAAAUUGUCAUCACGCUAUUCAGUGCAGGGGAUGGUUUUUGACAUUCAGACAGGAACCAGGCUAUUCUGCAGCAAAUAGAAAAUUCAUUAGGCCAUAACCAUGUAUUUAUAUAGGUACAGAUUGUUUGUAAAUGCAUCUUAAAUUCACAUUCUCUGCACUUUGAAUGAAUCAUUGAAUCGUAGAAUCAUAUAGAUUGGAAAAGAAUUUUGAGAUCAUUGAGUCCAACCUUUAACCUAGCACUGCCAUUCCACCACUAAACCAUGUCCCUAAGCACCACUUCUAUGCAUCUUUUAAAUACCUCCAGGAAUGGUGAUUCAACCACUUCCCUGGGCAGCCUCGUCCAAUGCUUGACAACCCUUGAAAUGAAGAAAUUUUUCCUAAUAUCCAGGGAAAACCGCCCCUGGUGCAACUUAAGGCCAUUUCCUCUUGUUUAUUUUUUAUUGUCUGUCAUGGCAGUAGCCAGAUUCGGUUCUAGUUGAGCUUUGUCCCUAAGCUGCCUGCCCCAUAUUUCAAAAGUCAGAAAGUGGGUGGUUUUUUGUUUUUUUGUUUGUUUGUUUUUGGUUUUUUUUGGUCUUGAGUUCCAGCCAAAGCUCUCUGUUCAGCCAGGCUCAUUUUCUUCCUUGCCAGCUCAUCUUUUGGCACAUGGGGAUGGCCUGCUUCUGCACCUUUAAGAAUUCCUUCUUGAAGAAUGUUCAUCCUUCCCGGACUCCCUUGCCCUUCAGGACUGCCUCCUAAGUACCUCUGACAAUCGAUCUCCUAAACAGGCUUAAAUCUGCCCUUGGGAAGUCCAAGGUGGCAGUUCUGCUGCACCACCUCCCCCCCAACCCCAAGAAUCAAAAACUCUAUCAUGUUGUGAUCACUGUGCCCGAGUUGGUCUCCAACCAUCACAUCACCCACAACGUCCCUCUCUGUUUGCGAACAACAGGCCCAAUGGGGUGCCUUCCCAACUUGGCUCCCUCACCAGCUGUGUUAGGAAGGUAUUCCUCUAACACACACUCCAGAGACCUCCUAGACUGUUUCCUCUCCUGUAUUGUAUUUCCAGCAGACAUUUGGUAUCCCCAUGAGAACAAGGGCUAGUGAUUGUGAGAUUUCUCUCAGCUGCUUAUAGAAUUUUAUCUGCCUCUCCGUCCUGGUUGGGUGCUUUGUAGCAGACUCCCACCAUGAUAUCUGCCUCGCUGGCUUGUAUUGCUUGAUUCUAGAAAUUAUUAUCCAUUAUAUAAGUGUAUGUUUGCAUAUACACACUUGUAUCUUUGAAAAAGUUAUAUCUAUGCAUCACACAGACCAUAUGUAUUCCUAACCUUAACUCUCUAUAAGUAUGUACUGCCUUGCAGUCAGUGCUAUAAGUUCGACUUGUAUUUGUUCUGAUUAGUCUAUACAGUUAUUUUAACACACUCCAAAUACUUCUGUUAAUUAUCUCUGUCAUGGAAUCCAGAAGCCACAUAUAAUAACAACUUUUCCUCCACCACUUUUUUAUUCUUCUGAUUUUUGCCUUAUUGGCACAAAUAAAAGGGAUUUUAAAUAAUUUUUCACAUACUCAUUUACAACAGCUUUUCCAGGGAAAAAUUUUCUGAACACUCUUGCAAAUGGCAGCUUUUAGUUAAGUAAUGAGUGAAAUGUGCUCCUUUGGUUUGUAGUUUUCUUAUACUUGUUGUAAAGCCUGUAUCAGCACUGUGAAUCUACAGUUACAUUGUUUGAGAUCUUGAUCAAAAUAUUGUGCCUAUGAGGUUUUAAUCAUCCUGUCAACAGUUAUGACAGGUUUUAAAAAGCAGGGCAUUAAAUUUUAGUGAACCAUGCAAUGUAGCGCAAGUAACUUUCACGUUUUUUUUUUUCCUCCAGUCUUGUAAUUUCUUGUUUUCUUGUUCAGCAAUUUACUGUUUGAUAGGAGCCUGAAUUUUGCUCUUCUCUUGACUGUUCCUCUGGCAUACAAGCCAGCCGGACCCUUUAAAUGACAACUGGUUCAGUGAUUUGAUGAGUUGCUCCUAAUUAAACUGUUGGAUCUUGGUAAAUGUUCAGCUGAAAGAGUUCAGCUGAAAGGGAAGUAGUCGCUGGUUAUCACUGGGCUGGCUGAAUCACAGCUGCAUAGCAUUUUCUAAGAGAGCGGCUCUGUGUCCUUCCCUCUGGGCGUUAUAGUUAAAAAUGUGCUAUUGCCACUAUAAAACUUCUGGAAAACGGUUGUCUGUGUAAAGGAUGGGCAGCACUGCAGGUAUGUGAUGCAUCCUAUUAUCUCCACAAGAGAUUAUCUUUAGUUGUUUUAUUAAAUACGACGUUGAGAAAGGCCUCUGAAAUAAAUGUGAGCUCAUGUUAGAAAUGCCUAAGCCUAUAUGGGGACUGCUCUGGAUCUGAAUGAGCUCUCAGAGCUUUCAAGUUCAGCUGAGAGCACCUCUAGAUAGAGUGAAAGAUCUGAGAGAGCAAUCUUUGUGAAUAAUUGCACAUGUUGUGUAGAAAAGUAAUUGCACUACAUAGUUUUACCCAUGCUGUUGCUUAAGGUUAACUUAUGUCCUGAGGUAUGAUACUUGUGUCUGGCAUUUAUCCUUCCUGAAAUUAUCUUGCAAGUAUAAAUUUUAGACUAUUUGGGGAGGGGAAAGCUUAAAUUUUAUUAAAGGUAGUAGAAUAAAAUAAAGUUUGAUGCUGUCUAAUCUUAAAGUGUAUUAAAAUAGCAAUUGCAUUUGUGUCAGAUUUCCAAGAUGGAUGGAGUUUUAAUUACUUAUGAGAUCCUGUCAAAGGUUUUAUAAAGCAAUGAAAUUAUGUUCAGAGCAUUAUCUUGUUAAAAUCUCUUUCUAAUAUAAAACUGAUUAAGACACAGAAUGAAAUUUAAUCAUUGGAAAUAUUUUAGCUAACUGGCGUCAGUUAAGUUUUCAUUAUAAUUCAAAGACAAAUUCUUCCUUGUAAUCUUAUGUAAUGAACUGUAAUCAGAAAAAUAUCCAUAUUUCUCCAUCAUUCUCCGGUUACCAAAUACUGUUUGGGCUGCAAACAGGGAUUAUUGUGGUCAGAUGAAGCUUUUAGAAUAUAACAAAUUGUUGUUUAAUUAAUUUUAUUCAUAAAAUUGUAAUCUAGAAAUGUUUGAAUCUUACUUUAGGAGCAAUUCUUCAAGCUUCAUAUAGAGCUCUCUAGAGCAUCGUAUAUUAGAGCCAAGGUAGAGAUCUUCAACAUUUUGAAAUGGUCUAGGCCGUGCAGAUAAAAAAGCCAGAUUCAUUUUAAUCUAUUUUGUACUAUAUGAAAAAGUAAUAAUGCCAAUCUCUACCACUUUAGUAUUUCCUACGUGAGCGCUAUUGAUUUGGGGUGCCAGAGGAUGCAAAGUAUUGAAAUGUUUUUAUCUCAAAAACCUACUAAUUAGAGGACAGUUAUUAGAAUUAUUGUGUUCACUCAGCUGAAAUACUGUUAGUGAGUCAUUCUGUAUUUCAACUGUAGGCCUAAUCACGAAGACAAGAUAUGGCAUUACAAUGGGAUGACUCUUUCUGUCAGGGACAGGCAAAUGUAUAGCUACAAGACUUUGGCAGAACAGAACAAAAGCAGGUAAAAAAAAUCAUGGGUUCUCAAAUUUCCAUUAUCCUGAUACAUGGGUUUGGACUGCAUUUCACUGAAAAUAUUUAUUCUGUUUUCUUUGGCUAACUUUCAUGUUGUUCUCUUAAUCGCAGCUUAUUGUCUUCUUCAUUUAAAUAUAUAGUAGUCUAUAUGCUUACACUACAGUUAUCUUCUCUUCAAUAAAUUUCAUUUUGCUGUGC